AUGUUUCAAGCCGUACCUAAGCGAAGUGCUGCAACCGAUACGAAUGGAAAAAGGCAAAAAAUGGUUGAAGACCAGGAAGGACAGGAAGUCGAUUCUGACAUCAACAUUUCCGACAGUGAAAAGUAAUGAGUGUUGUCAUUGUAGUAAAGUAAAUUAAUAUUAUUCUUUGUGUGUUCUUUUUUAUUUACUGUAACAUAUUGUUCAGGUUUUUUACUCAUUUCUACAUGGACCAUAUGACAAUUGACAAGCUGACAUAAGUCAUUUUAUUUAGUUAAAAUAAAUUAGGUUAGGAUUAGAAUCAGCGUUCUUCUAUGGUCUCUAUGGCUAGGGAAAGUUUUGAAACAUUUUAACAGCGUCGUCAUAUCAGCUUGAGUAUCUUUGAGAAAUGGAAGCAAGUAACGUCCUCAUUCUUAACCCAGGUGACACUAAAGACAUGAUGUACUGUACUGUUUUCAUCUAGAAACUAUGACUCAGGUGGAAGCGAGGGAGAGUAUGAUUCCAACAAUUUAUCCGAAAGCAAUAGCUUGACUUCUGACCAAGAACUAAACGAGCAUCGUAUGGAUACUGUGGAUCACAUUGGCUGCUCCUGCAUUGAGGAACCUCAACCUGAUGAAGUGUUCGACACAGACCUCACAGGUAAUGUUGACCCUGACGAUCUAUUCACUGUCCACGUAGCUGUUGAGAACGCCGAUCCAUUGUGUAUCAAGAUACAGGACCUUACACACGGAGGAAAAAUCUCAAAAGACAAAUUUUUUUACAAAUACCUCGGUGAUGUAGUAGAGAUUAUGUACAAUCCAUUUCACAAAUACGAUAGAGAAGUUGUCGAAUUUUUUAAUAUGAUAACUUAUCUUGGAGGCAGACGAACUGCUUGUUUCAUAAGAGGUCCAAUGAACUUGGGCGAUAGCAGAAACAGUCAUGUCAGUCUAACCGAGAAAAAAAUGAAUCUUGGAGGACCUUCGGAAACUAUUUGAGCGAAGUAUCAAGCAGGAUACACGCCAGAAUCGGGCGUCAUCAAACUAUUGUCUUUAAGACACCGCUAUUAAACCGGCCAUUGAAUUUGACUCCCGGUUGAAAGAAAAUAUUGGGUUGAAAGCACCUAUCGACAUUGAUUAUAUUAAAGCAAAUCCAACUCCCUCACCUGACUACCUGAAAGAGAAUAUUGUCACCGAAGCAAUCGUCUCAUCCCUUACAUCUUUAGACAAUUAUUGUUCCCUUCCUGUAGCAGUAGACUACGCAACUCAAAGUGGAAAAACUGGAGACGCUAUGACCGAAUUUUUUGAAGGACAUUAA